CUAAAAUUCGAAUUGAACUGAGGGGCACCCAUCGUUCGCAAAAGGCGACUUCUGGAAGAUGUGUGCUCGAGAACGAGAACACUGCGGGCAUAUACGCACCUCUUUCUGCACGUAUCUUCUGACAUCCUGUCAGCUCUGUUUAGCGAAUAGCUCAUCUCAAGGUGCUAAUAACUUGGCUGACAAGAAUUGAACACUGUUAAUUCCUGCGAAUCUUUAUCAUUUCUCAUCGACAUGACAUACCCCUUCCCAUAUUCACAAGCUGCAAAGCUUGACUCGAGGAUCAAGAUACCUCGUCCGAUUUACGACCCUGACCUGGCACCAUAGUUGGACUCUGCCUCAUUCCCUGAAGAGUUUGACCUAAACUUGAUGCGCGGAGUCGCGAGUGGCGAACAGGAAUGCUCCCACGGCUCAUUCAUCUUCAAUGCGGAGACUGUCCUUCGAGACAAUCCGCACUUGAGUCAUACAGAGCACUCAAUUCCAGGACCUGACAACAAUAUAAUUACCUUGUCAGUGUUCGAACCCAAUGAGCCAUCAAAGGCACCAAGGCCAGUCUUGUAUCAUAUUCACGGUGGCGGGAUGGUUAGUGGUGACAGAUUCACUGCCGUCACGCCUGUGAUUGAUCUUCUGAAAGGGAUCGAUUGCGUUGUUGUCUCCGUGGAACACCGCCUCGCUCCCGAGACGCGCGCGCCUGGCCCAGCUGAAGACUGUUAUGCGGGGCUUGUUUGGGUUUCUGAGAAUGCUUCGAGUCUUGGAAUUGACCCAGCUGCCAUUGUCGUGUUUGGAGUGUCCGGAGGAGGCGCCCUUGCAGCUGCUACGUGCCUUAUGGCUCGUGAUAGGAAGCGCCCAGCUAUCCCAAUCAAAGCUCAAAUGCUUUACUCGCCUCUCUUGGAUGAUAGAUGCGAGAGCUUGGCUGAUCAGCAAUUCGAAUACGGUAACCCUGCCAGUACAGCAUGGCUUCGUGCCAUUUGGGAUCUUAUCCUGGGUGAUGCACGAGGAUCAGAACAUGUUACACCUUAUCAAGCGCCCGCAAGAGAGACUGAUCUGUCGAGUUUACCAGCUGCAUAUAUCGAUGCUGGGGAAUGUGAAGUCUUCCGCGAUGUUGCCGUUGCUUAUGCAACCAAGAUGUGGCGAGGCGGAUCAACAUGCGAACUUCACAUCUGGCCCGGAGCUUGGCAUGGAUUCGAUAUGAUGGACGAUCCUAACAUGCCACUUAUUCAUGUGGCUAAUAUGGCGAAAGCCAACUGGCUUCAGAGAGUCAUGAGAAGUGUCAAGGAUGAGUAGAGUAGCUACAUAGAAAAAUGGAAGUAAUUAGUAAAGAUGCUUUUCGGGUACGAAUGAAUGGUUAUUGGGUUACAAGAAGACUAAGAAAUAAACCUUGUCAACGUGCAGCAGUAUGUGAAAGAGACUUCUUCCACAGCGUGUCUCCAGGGAACUGGAUCUUAACUUUGAACAGGCAGUAUACAUUCAGGAAACGAGAAAAGUCUGUCUAUUACUACUUAUACGGCC